GGGACUCAGAGUUUAAGGCUCCUCUCCCAUAGAGCAACUCUGCACAGCCCAAGCAGACCAACUUUGGGACUUUGAAUGAACGUAUUUACAUCCACCUUUCUCUUCAUGUCGACUUUUCUGGAAACAUUCACACGGAUGCCAUGGUUACUCCUACCACGAUCUUACAGGUGAACAAGGUGAUGUCCAUCUUGUUUUAUGUGAUAUUUCUCGCUUAUCUUCGUGGCGUCCAGUCUACCAACAUGGAUCAAAGGAGUUUGCCAGAAGAUUCGAUAAAUUCCCUUAUCAUCAAACUUAUCCAAGCAGACAUUUUAAAAAACAAGCUUUCCAAGCAGAUGGUAGAUAUUAAGGAAAACUAUCAAAACACGGUGCAGAAAGCAGACGCUCAGCAAGACAUGGACGGAGAGGAAAAUGUGAAAUCAGACUUCCAGCCAGUUAUCUCAGUGGAUACAGAUCUCUUGAGGCAGCAGAGACGCUACAACUCUCCCCGAGUCCUCCUGAGUGACAACACGCCGCUGGAGCCGCCGCCGCUGUACCUCAUGGAGGAUUAUGUUGGGAAUUCCGUGGUGAACAGAACCUCCCGGCGGAAGAGGUACGCGGAGCACAAGGGCCACCGAGGGGAAUAUUCCGUUUGUGACAGUGAAAGUUUGUGGGUCACGGACAAAUCCUCUGCCAUCGACAUCAGAGGGCACCAGGUAACUGUUCUGGGAGAAAUUAAAACGGGCAACUCUCCAGUUAAGCAAUACUUUUAUGAGACGAGGUGUAAAGAAGCCAAGCCCGUGAAAAACGGCUGCCGGGGCAUCGAUGACAAGCACUGGAAUUCCCAAUGCAAGACAUCCCAAACUUAUGUUAGAGCACUGACUUCAGAAAACAACAAACUGGUAGGCUGGAGAUGGAUAAGGAUAGACACCUCCUGCGUGUGCGCGUUGUCGAGGAAAAUAGGAAGAACAUAAAUCUGCAUCUCUUUGCUAUAUAAAUUAUUACUUUAAAUUAUAUGAUAUGCAUGUAGCAUAUAAAUGUUUAUAUUGUUUUAUAUAUAUUAUAAGUUGACCUUAUUUAUUAAACUUCAGCAAAUCUACAGUAUAUAAGCUUUCUCUCUCAAUAAACAAGAGCAAAGGGUGUGUGCCUCUGCUGUGGGCAGCUCCAGGUUUUUUUUAGACUAUGUUUGUGACACUGCUUGUCGGCAGCAUACCGUAACCUUCCUGUAAAAUCUGUGUAAAAUCAGUAUUUUUCAUUCAGUAUUGUCAAACCAGUGACUGUCAUUUAGUAAACUUGUUAAAAAUCAGAUCAAUGCCAAGAGUUGUGUACAUAUUUAUAUUCCCUGCUCUAUACAUUCACUUUUAAUUGGAUGCAAUGUUGACUCCUCACCGCCAAAACAAACAUGGACCAAAGUACGUGCUGUAGCCUGCAGAUGAUGUCAAAUUUACAGACAUCAGGUAGCCCUAAAAUAAAGUUUCUGUGUAUUAUGCCAGUUUUGCCAGUGAAAUUACCAUUUUUCCUCUGUUAGCAUUUCAGGAUGGCUGCUAAUAAUCCAGCAACUUCCGUUUAUGUUUCUGAAGCACAUUUGUUUUGCAACUGUUUCUAAUGCUGCCAGUGCAUCAUUGAAAAAAUAUGAAAAAAUAUAAAAUAUUUGUAGCUGAAACUUACUGAAGCCAAGGACCAAUCUAAACGGAUCAUUAAUAUAAUACAUGAAAGAUGGUUUAUUGUGAUCAGCCUCCUUCUCCUCACAUGAAUCAUUAUCUUCUGCUUGCAUUGCUGGAUCGUUUCUCUCUGUCAGAGUUUUCAAAUUGGAAACAAAGCUGGUGGUGUCUCGACCUGAAAAGAACCCUUGGCUUGGAAAUUGUAGAAAAGAAAGAUACGAUAUCCUGGCAUGGAUAUCAAAGCCACACACCCAUACAAAGCCAUUCUUCUCAACAAUCCAUUCUUCAUUUUUCACAGGGUGAAAAAUGUUUAGAACUGCUGGAGAAACCUGGUACCUUUCACAGGAACUUGAAAUGGAUGGUGACUAAAAUCCACAGAGUCUGUAGUAAUAAUGAAGUUCCUCAAUUAAACAGAUUUGUUGCUUAGGACAGACAAAUGUACUUGCAAAUAUAUACCUCAAACUCUUCUUUGGAUUGUCAUGUAGCUCCACUGGGGACAGGAAUAAUGACACUACUUGAAGAGAAGGUCUAUUACACACUAGCUGUGUAAUGCCCUGGAUGGGAUCCCACUCCCAUAAAAUAAAGUAGAGUCCAUGGCUAUCAACAGAAUUAAGAUUGGACUGCAUGUUAUCUGUGUCUGGAUAGAUCCAACACCCAGGCAGGGCUGGAAAACACCAGCCACUCAAACAGCUUUACAGCUGUAGUGUCUGAAGGUUUUCCACUCUGGCUCUCACUGCGUGUUCAGCAUCACAAGUGAAAAUGAGAUCAGAGCACUCAAACCCGAGGUUUCAGGAUUCUUUUGUUCGUGCAGCUUUCACUCCUGGAAAACCAACUUCAAACCUGCAGCAGGUCGUGACAGGCAGCAAAUUGUGUGGUCUCCCCUAAUCCCUUACAGAG